UCCUUCUCCUCCUCUUCUUCCUCCUUCGCCGUCGCACAAUCCCUUCUCCUCCCUCCUCCUCUAUCUUCCCCCGUUCAUCGCAGCCCACCGCCCCCCCGCCUCGUCGCAACCCCCUUUCUCCGAUCCAUCCUUCCUCUUCCCCGUUUAGCCACAGCUCUCCCGCUUCCCCGACACCAUCCUCCUCCUCCCUACUCCUCCCUCCUCCUUCUUUCCCCCGUUCAUCGCAGCCCCCCGCCCUUCUUCCUUGGUCCCUCCCCCUCCUCCACUUCAUCACAGCCCCCGCCCCCCGUCGACCCCGGAAGCCACCUUCACCAUCCUCCGACCCCAACAGACCCAUCUCCAUUUUCCUACGCCGUGCCAGACAGCCCCCUCUCCAUUAUCCUGCUCCGGCCCCGACAGCCCCCAUCUCCAUUUUCCUACUCCAGCCCCGACAGCCCUCAUCUCCCUCCUCUACACCCUUCUUAGCCUUCUCUAUACAUCUUCCCCUCCGCUUUCCUACUUCCUGAUAGUUACCCACUACCCUCCCAACAAGCAGUCAGCAGCAUGCCAUGAGCAUUUACUUUAAAGAAAUAGCAUGUCACUUUAUGCAAAUUAAAUACUGUUGUCAAGAUAGACGGCAGGAGAAGUGAUGCUUUUAGAGAGAGCAAAGAGGAUUGGGGAAGUCUUAGUGACAAAAAAGCAUGGAAAAGUUAGAAAAAGAGAUAGCAGAGACAACAAUCGGGUCACCGUGCAAAGAAAAUCAAUAAUCAUUUGUCAAUAGAAUCAUGCACAAGUCUGACUAUUCCUCAUGUGAAGCAUUUUAAUUAAAAAUAUGCCUAAGAUAAUACUAAUCUAACUAGGUUUCCCAAAAGAAACUAUCUCAACAGCGAUUAUUUAUUUUGAUGAAGUGUUUGGUUCAUCAAACCUCUUAGUUUUCUUAUUAUGUUUACUGCAUUGUAGUUUCCUUUUCAAGCACACCAGAACAACACAAAACCCCAAACGAUACAAAGGACUCGACUCACCCUAAAGUACAAGUUGAGUAAACAACUAGAAUUUGACUUGAUUUCCAAACCCCAAAAUAGACCCAAAAUCUCAAUGUAUUUGGUUAGGUAUAAACUUACACCUUUAUGUCAGCAUAGUAUGUUCUCUGCUGCAGUGCUGAAAGCAACUAUCUUCGCAACUCGAGGCUUGUUCAUACCUCAAAACACACAGGCCUGCUUAUAUUUGGAUUGCCAAAUCUUGUAUUUGCUGGUUUAGUUGGUGAUUGAAGGAGAUUUUAACUGAGAUAUAGGACGCUUGGUAGUGUCUAAACCCACCAACUACAAUAGAAAAAUAAGUGGAAUUUAGUGUCAGUGCGAAGAUGUUUUUUGAAGCCAUUAUUUCAGUGGUGGAGAAUUUCUUGGAUGUGAGCAUGAGAAUGAGUAACUAAUCUAGAGACUUAUCUCUGAAAGAAAUGGCUGAUUGGAACUGAAUGCAUGUGGAUUAACAUGAGUGGUGGAGGAAUGUUGUCUGAGACAGAUGAUUAGUUGAAAGUUUUCAACAUCCUUGAUUUGAGGCAGAGGAAUUUGGAUUGGAGAGGGCAGAUAUAAGACUACUUUUCUUGUAUUUUUCUGCAAACAGUACGUGAUACUGCCUCAAAAGACAAUGUAUUUGGUGCAGAAGAGGCUCUUUUGCCUUCUCUCAUGUAACAAGUCCACGAUCCAUUUUUCCUCCUAUCAACACUGCAGUCUGUUUAGCUUUUCCACUGCCGAAGAUCACAGUUCAAAUCAUAGAACCAAAUUUAUGUUGGUCGACCCCCUUCAGUCAUGUGAACUUUCCACAAGAGAGGCUGCAAAAAUGGCCAAGGAUCGCAUCUGUGAAAAAAAACUUCCAAGUUCAAGUCCUUCCAUCGAGUUCUUUAAGCAGAGCGGUUGGAGUGAUGCACAAGUCAUGAAGCUUAUCAAGUGGGCACCCAGUUUGCUGCAUGCUAAUGUAGAGACUGCCCUGAAGCCCAGGUUGAGAUCUUUGCAGGACAUGGGAUUUUCUGACACUGAAAUAGUUCAGCUGGUUUCAUUAUGUCCGAAAGCGCUCCUUUUACGUGACAUCAAAUCGAGGAUCAACUUCUGGAGGUCACUAUUAGGUUCGAAUGAGAGGCUUCUGAAAGCCUGCAAGAGGAACAAGUUUCUUCUUGGUUAUAGCUUGGCUCGGACGAUAGAACCUAAUAUAUCUCUCUUGAGGGAACAUGGCAUCAGUGACGAGCGUAUCAUGCAUAUGGUGACGACAUUGCCACGCUGUUUUGGUCGAAUAGACAAAUUAAAGGAGGUUAUCAAAUAUAUUGAGGAAUUGGGUGUCCCACGUGACUCUGGAUUAUAUAUGUGUGCACUUCAUGUAGUCAUGGGCAUGAACAAAUCUACUUUUGAUUCUACCAGUGCAACUCUGAUGAGCUUUGGGUGUUCCCAGCCUGACAUCGUUGCUGCAUUCAGGAAGUGCCCAAACGUUUGGGCACUCUCAAACAAGACCAUAUGUGACAAGAUGACAUUCCUGAUGAAGGAAGCUGGUUUUGAGCUGACAUAUAUCAUUUCCCGUCCCGUGAUUCUUACUUACAGCUUGGAGAAGAGGCUGAGACCUCGAUAUGAGGUUUUGAAUUUUCUUAAGCAGAAUAAAUUGCUGGAUGAAGGACAUAGUCUACCAUCCGUCGUACCACUAUCUGAGGAGAAGUUCAUAAAGAAAUAUCUUUUCCGGCUCAAGGAGAAAUUUACUUCUCUCUAUGAUUCCUAUCUUGCUGCUGUUCAGGGAAAGCCACAUGUUACUUGAAAUCGAAACUUUAAAUUAAAAUGAUCAACUUCAUACUGACUGCACUAUAUAAUCAUCUCAAAAUUUGUGACAUUAUAAAUUCUCCAGGAGUUUCUUGUUGUAGAACAUC